AGUAUGUAUAAUAAUGUACUGAAACUGAAGCGAGCAGACAGUGUCUGUGCUCACGAUCGGAUCAGUACAAAAUCUGCUUGCAUCUUGCUUCCUUCUCUUAUUACUUGUAGCAAACUCAUUCUUUGUCUCUUUCUUUCUCUCUCCCUCAUUUUUUUUUCUCUCUCAUUUCCAAUGCACGUUAAUCAUUCGACGAAUUGACUCUGAGAGAAAAAUACACAACACUACACAACAAAACCAUUAACUUCUUGUGUUUUGCUUUGCAAGCUAACACCAUCAUCAUCAAAAAAACCCAUCAAACAAAACUACUAGACUUGUGAUUCUUCAACUGGAGCUGGAUUCUCAAAAAGGGUUCUUCUCAAAAAACUCAUAACCAUGUUGAAGUAAAUAACACUCUUGUAUUGGUUUUUAGUCAUAAUUUUCAGUGUCAACAACAUUAAUUGUUUGUUUGAAGUUUGAAGAUUGAAAAAGAUUGAAUUUUUCUGUGUGGAAGAGUAUGUCUAGGCCUCUGCAUCGAGGUGUUUCCGGUGGUGCUCGUGUACUGGAAAACAUCAAUGAUGAUACAUGGGACUCACAAUCCAAAGAUAAAUCAGAAAAAGAUGAUUUUGAUAGAAGGGGUUCUUCAGAUCACACCCCUUUAGCAUUGAGGUCUCCUUUGAAGUUGUUUUCAGAUAAAGAGAAUGGUUUUGCAUCUGAUCCAAUCAGUGUUGGCUCACCGAGAAGCCGUUUUAAGUUGAUGAUGUUUUUGGUGAAAUUUAGUUUAGUUUUUAUAGUUGUUUUUGCUCUUGUUGGAUCUUUUUUGUGGACUUUGAAUUUGUCAUCUUCGUCAAGAGGUCGUGUUUAUCAUGGUUAUAGGAGACUUCAAGAGAAACUUGUUUCAGAUUUGUUGGAUAUUGGUGAGAUUUCUAGGGGUGCUUCAAGGUGGAAAGAAUUGGAAUCUUGUUCUCCUGAGUUGGAAAAUUUUGUUCCUUGCUUUAAUGUUUCCGAUGGAAAUGAGUUUGAAAGGAAAUGUGAAUACGAGCAGAGUCAAAAUUGUUUGGUUCUGCCACCAGUUAAUUACAAAGUUCCUCUUAGAUGGCCUACUGGAAAAGAUGUUAUUUGGGUUGCUAAUGUGAAAAUCACUGCACAAGAGGUUCUUUCUUCUGGAAGCUUGACCAAGAGGAUGAUGAUGUUGGAUGAAGAACAAAUUUCCUUUCGUUCAGCCUCUCAUAUGUUUGAUGGAGUUGAAGACUACUCACAUCAGAUUGCUGAAAUGAUUGGACUUAGAAAUGAAUCUUCCUUCAUCCAAGCUGGCAUUCGAACCGUACUAGACAUAGGUUGUGGCUAUGGUAGCUUUGGAGCACACCUCUUUGACAGUCAAAUUUUGACUUUGUGCAUUGCAAACUAUGAGCCUUCUGGUAGUCAAGUUCAGCUUACUCUUGAGCGAGGUCUUCCUGCUAUGAUUGCUUCUUUCACUUCAAAACAGUUGCCAUAUCCAUCUCUAUCCUUUGAUAUGUUACAUUGUGCAAGAUGUGGCAUUGAUUGGGACCAGAAAGAUGGCAAUCUCUUGAUUGAAGCUGAUAGACUUUUAAGACCGGGUGGAUACUUUGUUUGGACCUCACCGCUUACCAAUGCUCGUAACAAGGAGAAUCAGAAAAGGUGGAAGAUUGUGCACGACUUUACCGAAAAUUUGUGCUGGGAAAUGUUAUCACAGCAAGAUGAAACUGUUGUAUUUAAGAAAGCAAGCAAAAAGAAUUGUUAUACAUCAAGAAAGAAAGGUUCUCGGCCUCUGUGUGGUAGAGGUCUCGAUGUGGAGUCUCCAUAUUAUCGCGAACUGCAAAACUGCAUAGGAGGAACACAGACCCGCCGCUGGCUUUCAAUUGAAAAAAGGGAGAAAUGGCCUUCUCGGGCUAAUUUGAACAAGAAUGAGUUAGCCAUACAUGGAUUGCUGCCUGAUGAACUUGGUGAGGACUCCGACAGCUGGAAAGCAGCAGUCCAAAAUUAUUGGUCACUCCUGUCGCCUGUAAUAUUUUCUGAUCAUCCGAAGAGGCCCGGUGAUGAGGACCCUUCUCCGCCAUACAACAUGUUCAGAAAUGUGUUAGACAUGAAUGCUAACUUUGGUGGCUUUAAUUCUGCUUUGUUGCAAGCUAGAAAGUCUGUGUGGGUAAUGAACGUGGUCCCAAGAAGUGGACCUAACUAUCUUCCCUUGAUCCAGGACCGAGGUUUUGUCGGCGUUUUGCAUGAUUGGUGUGAGGCCUUUCCGACGUACCCGAGAACCUAUGACUUGGUGCAUGCAGCAGGGAUUCUAUCCCUUGAAUUUUCCCAGCCACUUAGGUGCACCAUGCUUGAUCUGUUCAUUGAAAUUGACAGGUUACUACGCCCAGAGGGUUGGAUUAUAAUUCGCGACACAAUUCCUUUAAUAGAAUCAGCUAGAGUUUUAGCAGCACAGCUGAAAUGGGAAGCAAGAGUGAUAGAAAUCGAAAGUAACAGCGAGGAGAAGCUCCUGAUAUGCCAGAAACCUUUCUUUAAGAAACAUGCAAUCUAAUUCAUUGAAAAGUCCUAAAGAAACUAUACCAUAAUAUACAUAUAUUCAUUUCCAAUUUCUAUAAUUAUCAUAAAGUUAUGCCAUACAAAGUGAGGAUCGAAAAGGGAAGAAGAAAAAACAAUAGAGGAUGAUACCACCACUUCUCCUGUGCAGCCGUAAGGCAUGCAUAGGGUCAUGUAAUUACCACACAAGCAGCUGACAAAGAAUAUUGGUAGAUUUAUUUUUUAUUUUGAUGUUUAAUUAGAGUUUCAUAAACACAAUUAUUUAUUAUUGGGAAUAAUAUGAUAUAAUAAGUUGUUGCUCAUUGUUGUGGUGUAUAAAAUGCUUAGUGGUUAAUUUCCCCCUAUAUCAUAGAAUUGUUUAUUUUAUUAUC